UCCUUCUAACGCUUUUGAUAACAACGUGCCUUUUCUCUAUCCGUAACUCCUUCCCUCUUCUCUUUUCUCUCUCUGCAACGUUCGCUCUGUUCCCUCUGAAGAUUUGUUUUAGAGAGAGAGAGAGAGAGAGAGAGAGAGAGAGAGAGAGAGGGAGAUAAAACAAUGCCAUCUUAAUCAGAAAGCAACAACCCAUUCGCUUAUUCAUCUUUUCUUUCUCUUUUGCCUCUUAAUUUUCAGGUAUAACAGAGAGAGAGAAAAGAGAGGGAACAGAGGAAUAUAUAUAAUACAUUUUCUUUUUUUAAUUCAUGAAAUUCUGAAUCUGGCGGGUUUAAUUGCGCUAAUGUGGUUGGUUGCUAGUCAUUUUGGAUCCAACCGAGAUCGAUUGCUGAUCAGAGCUGAAUGAAUGAUGUAAUCUGCGCUCAAUCCGUAAAGCGCAUUAGACACAAUGCCAGAAGUAGUUUUAGUCCAAGAAGAUGAAAAGUCAAGAAAUUUCGAUAUGGAAACGUCUGAGGACGAGAGGAGAAGGUCUCGGGGCAGAUCUCUGAAGAAAAAGACCAUGAACGCUUCCAUGAAAUUCACCAAUACUCUUAGAAAGCGUGGUAAACGGGUUGCCAAUUGUCGAUAUGCUUCCAUUUCCAUUGAAGAUGUUCGUGAUGCAGAGGAGGAAGAAGCGGUCAAUACAUUUCGCGAGGCAUUGCUUGCUAACAAUCUGCUUCCAGAUCGAUUCGAUGAUUAUCAUACCAUGCUGAGAUUUUUGAAGGCUAGGAAGUUUGAUAUUGAUAAAACUGUCCAUAUGUGGUCAGAAAUGCUAAACUGGAGGAGAGAGUAUGGAGUAGAUUCAAUUGUAAAGGAUUUUGUAUACAAUGAGUAUGAAGAAGUUCAGCGUUUUUAUCCUCAUGGUUAUCAUGGUGUAGACAAGGAAGGACGGCCUGUUUAUAUUGAAAGACUUGGCAAAAUUGAACCUACUAAGCUGAUGAAUGUCACCACAGUGGAUCGUUUUUUGAAAUAUCAUGUCCAGGGCUUUGAGAAGGCUUUUGCUGAGAAGUUUCCUGCAUGUUCCGUUGCCGCAAAAAGGCAUAUAGAUUCAACAACAACCAUACUAGAUGUCCAGGGACUGAACUGGGUGAGCUUUGGUAAGGUUGCACAUGAUCUUGUUAUACGCAUGCAGAAAAUAGAUGGUGAUAAUUAUCCUGAGACAUUAAAUCAGAUGUUCAUAGUCAAUGCUGGCAAUGGAUUUAAACUGUUAUGGAACACAGCAAAAGGCUUUCUUGACCCAAGAACAACUGCAAAGAUACAUGUUUUAGGCAACAGAUAUCGAAACAAGUUGUUGGAGGUUGUAGACGCAAGCCAACUUCCAGAUUUUCUUGGAGGAACUUGCUUGUGUCCAAAUGAAGGCGGAUGUCUUAGGUCUAACAAGGGACCUUGGAAUGAUCCUGACGUAAUGAAACUGGUACACAUUAGAGAAUCAAUGUAUAUGAGGAAAGUUAAGGAUUCACCUGACAAUGACAGUCUAGGAGUCAAAUUGUUGCGGUCCAAGUCUAAGGUUUCAACCAGUGAAAUACUAUCUAGUAACAUAUCUGGAUCAGAAAUGAGGUCUAGUGCCCAUGGCUCCACACAGCCUUUGUCUAUUUCUGACAGAGAAAGGAUAAGUGACACCAAAUCUAUCUGCGGUUUGACUGUACCAGGCAUUACUGCUGGAAGAACUGAAACUGCUAGUUCAAGUUCGACAAAUGAUUUGAUUGUUAAUGUUUCUCCAAGAAGGCCACUGAAGAAUUUCAUUCCCCAAGCAACAAGUUUAAUGGUUCACUUCAUACUCAAAAUAUUAGCUUGUAUAUAUGCUGUAUUCCCAAGGUUUGGGAGAAUUUUUGCAGUUCAACGUCAAGAGAACCAGUUAGAGGACGCAAACAAGCCAAUGUUUGUAGAUUCUGGUUCUCAGGAACAGGGCAUUUCACAAGCGAUAGAAGUGGAUCCACUCUGGCAGAGGCUGCAGCAACUAGAAAGUGUAGUUACUGAUCUGGUUAACAAACCUACACGAAUACCUCCUGAGAAGGAGAUUAUGCUUCAUGAAUCUCUGAGUCGUAUAAAAUGUAUAGAGUAUGACUUACAAAAGACCAAAAAGGCACUGCUUGCCACUGCAUCAAAACAAGUGGAACUUGCUGAGUCACUUGAAAGUCUAAAGGAGAACACCUUGAAUGGAACAAACACUUGUUGGCCGAGACAUUGCAGAUCCCAUCCCCCGGGAAGAUGAGUACAAUUGUUCUGACAUAGAAGCUUUUAGAAAUUGCCUUUCACCAUGCCCGUUUCUGAAACCACUCAUCCAUUUGAACAGAGUUGUCUUCUGGGUUUCUCUGGAUGGCAGCUGAAACAUAGUUCUUCACAAAGAAAACAAACCAAUAUUAUUUACAGUGAUUUCCUUUUGCUUAAUAUCGGCAUUGAGUGUAAGGAAAAUGUGUAUAAUUUUUUACUUGUGUGUAAAUACAAUCAAAUCUUUCUUCUUCUUUUUUCUUUUUUUUUUUUUUUUUUUUUCUCUUUUCUUUUUGUAUUUUUUUGAUCGGAUAUAGGUACUAUACAUGGAAUGCACUUCAAUACCAAUUUAGAAAGUUUAUAAAAACAGAAUUUCAUG